GCUGGUGUGUCCGUGGUAUGCGGGCUGUGUAGGCAUGGGGACUCCUCCGGGCUUGCAGACCGAUUGUGAGGCGCUGCUCAGUCGCUUCCAGGAGACUGACAGCGUUCGCUUCGAGGACUUCACGGAACUUUGGAGGAACAUGAAGUUCGGGACCAUCUUCUGUGGUAAAAUGAGAAAUUUAGAAAAGAACACAUUUACAAAGGAAGCUUUAGCUUUGGCUUGGCGAUAUUUUUUACCUCCAUACACCUUCCAGAUAAGAGUUGGUGCUUUGUAUCUGCUAUAUGGAUUAUAUAAUACCCAGCUAUGUCAGCCAAAACAAAAGAUCAGAGUUGCCCUAAAGGAUUGGGAUGAAGUUUUAAAGUUUCAGCAAGAUUUGAUAAAUGCACAACAUUUUGAUGCAGCUUAUAUUUUUAGGAAGUUACGACUAGACAAAGCAUUUCACUUUACAGCAAUGCCUAAAUUGCUUUCAUAUAGAAUGAAGAAGAAAAUUCAACGAGCUGAAGUUACAGAAGAAUUUAAGGAUCCAGAUGAUCGUGUAAUGAAACUUAUCACUUCUGAUGUAUUAGAGGAAAUGCUGAAUGUUCAUGAUCAUUAUCAGAACAUGAAACAUAUAAUUUCAGCUGAUAAGUCCAAGCCAGAUAAAGCCCUCAGCUUGAUAAAGGAUGAUUUUUUGGAUAAUAUUAAAAACAUAGUUUUGGAGCAUCAGCAGUGGCAUAAAGACAGAAAGGAUCCUUCUUUAAAAUCAAAAAAUAAAGAUGGAGAAGAAAAGAAGGAAGAAAAGUCACAAGAAUCAGCGAGAUGUGAAAGGGCAGAAGCAUUAGCAAGAAUAAAAUCAAAAGCCUUUUCAGUUGUUGUUCAGGCAUCCAAGUCAAGACGGCAUCGUCAAGUCAAACUUGACUCUUCUGACUCUGAUUCUGCAUCUGGUCAAGUACAAACUGAAACAACUAAGAAAAAGAAAACCAGAGGAACACUGAAGUCAGCAGGAAGGAAGAUUUCAUCCAGAAACAAAGGUAAUGUGAAGAAUGUACAUAAGGAAGAAAAGUCUUUAAGUCUGAGUAUGCCUGUAAUUACAGAAGAGGAAGAGGAGACAGAAGAUUUUAGUGAAACAGAGUUCACUGUACCCAAGAGGAAAAGAAAACACUGAAUGAAGAGCCUGAUGUAAAGUUUUACAUUUUGAGCUUUCUGACAGAAGAAAAGGUUUAUAUUUUGUGAAUAGGAGGACUACCAGUAUUGAAAAUAAUUCUUCUGGGAAACAGUAAUUUCUUUGAAAUGGGAAUAUCUUAUCAUAGUUUAAGAGUUGGACUAGGAAUUUACUCUGAAAUUUAAUUUUUAAUGUUCUGUUAUAAAAUCUAUAUAAGUAGAGAUAAAACUUGCAUUUAGAAUAUAAUAGAAAUAAUCCUGUUAUUUGCAGAUUAUUGCCAUUUCCUAUAACUUUUUGUGAUAGCCUACUGUCUCACAAUUCUGAUAUUAACUUAUUUAAAUUUUUUAUUGAAAUAUGAAUAUUUAUUACAUAUAAGUGAAUUUUGUAUCUAUUAUAUGGUAAUAGAUUUGUAUGUGAUGUAUAUUUACUAGUUUUUCUGUUGUAUGGUUAAGUUCAAUAAAAAUUUUGCCUUAUUUGCUUUAUUUUUUAACAACACUUAUGAAGUUCAAUAUCAAAUAUGAAGCUCAAUAGCUUAUGUGAUUUAAUAACUUAAGUUCACAACUCAUUUUCUAAUUCAAUUAAUUUUUUUUUUUGGUUGGGGUGUACUGGGGAUUAUUGAAUCCAGGGGGCUGAACAACUGAGCCACA